CGUUAAAGAGAUUAAUGGGAAGGCAGACCGCGGCCCACAAAAUCAUGAAACCAGUAGAAGUCAAGUGUGCGGCGCCAGUUUCUGAGCUUCUGAGUAGUUCAUCACCUCUGCCUUCUUUUCUUCCGUUUCUUCGCAUCUUUCCACCGCCGCAAACUUAUUCUCCUGUUGAAAAUCUCCCAGUACGACGCCGUUCCUUUCCGCACGCCGAAGGGGGCUCCUCCCUCCUAUCUCCAGCUGAUUAGACACAAGUAGGACGACUCUCGUCAAGGUGCCUUGUGUGAGUGAAAAGGGAACAAGUGUUGAAGCAAGCCUUUGGGAAGGCGUGGAGCAAAGGGGUUUAUGCGUAUGGGGGAAACAGAGCCAUGCCUUGCUUGUAUGUGCCUACGAGUGAUGUUCACAAUGGACAGAUUCAUUGCGCACCGAGAAGUUUUUUUGGGGUAGAGGAUUUCCUCGAUGAUGACAAUAGCCGCCCAUACACUUACCAGAAGGAGAAGAAGUCCAAAAAUCCAACAAAACAUAUAUCAUUUAAACAGCGCACUGUAGCCUACAUUGAACCGUUCGAUGUGUUCAUCUCAAAGCGGUUUGUGUCAGCCUUGAUCACCCACAGGGUCACAGCCAAGCAGGUUGCAACUGCGGGUACCAACUCCAAAGACAUUAAAGCUGUACUCAAGUCGCGUUGCGACAUACCUGCCUGUUUGGCGGUCGGCCAAAUUUUAGCCGAUAGGGCAAGAGAAGCCGAUGUUUAUACUGCUGCUUAUACUCACCGGGACAGGGACAAGGUUGAAGGGAAGAAUAGAGCAGUUGUUCAAUCCCUCAUUGAUAAUGGGUUGAUGUUAAAGUUUAUCUUGACUGAAUUAGGUUUUAUUUUUUUCUUUGAAUUUGAUUUUCUUUGGAAAAUUUAGGAGGCUUGUAUGUAAACUCUUGUCACUAUAACAUCUUUGCCAAUUUCUGAAAAUUAGCUUUCUUCUGCUCUC